GGAACUGUCACGGACGCGACACGUCACGCAUGUGACGAUGGCGUUUUUGAAGUCUGCACGGGCCCCGGCAGGGGUUUCCCACAGAUUCCCACGCUUCCCCACGCUCUGUCACUGACAACGAUGUCACUGCGAACGAGAAUCAGGAGAGUGUUCGGGACUGAUGCGUUUGACUGGCCUGACAGAUCGUAUCUCACUGACUGGCUUGUCGUGACAGCAUUCUGGAUCCUUUCUGAGGUCGCAGCCCGACUACCAGUUUUCGAACGUGACUUUCGUUUGGAUGAUACACUCAUCAGCCAUCCGCAUGCGAAAAGCCAAAUUGGCGGCCCAACAAACCAUCUCAUUGCGCUUAUCGUCCCUGGGGCUUUUGUGCUAGCCGGUGGUGUCUAUCGGCGCUCACUCUUCGCAGUGCACCAUGGGGUGCUGGCGCUUCUUGCGGGCAGGGGCUUGGCGCGGGUGUUCACAAACGCAUUGAAGAACAGAAUCGGUACCCCUUUUUGACCUUGUUUUGUCCCCGCUAACUCGAUCUAGGGAGAUUGCGACCGGAUUUUCUCGCUCGUUGUAAAUGGGAUGCUGUCGAGUCUGUUUGCACAGGAAAACAUCAUGAUAUCCUCGACGGACGACGUUCCUUCCCAUCCGGCCACUCAUCAGCUGCAUUUGCGGGGAUGACAUUCUUGUCGUUCUGGCUAGCAGGACAGCUUGCGGCGUGGUGUUUCCAUUCUCCUGCCGCCUCUGGCUCGCUGCGGUCAAGCCAUCUGGCCCGUUUCACACUGACGUUGGCCCCACUCUGCUGGGCUAUCUUCGUCGCAGUCACCAGACUCGAAGACUACAGACAUCACAAAGAGGAUGUUAUCGCUGGAGGCCUCAUUGGCAUCUUGUGCGCUUCGAUAUGUUAUCUCAUUUUCUGGCCGUCUCCUUUCGCAGCCAAGAGCUUCAGUGCUGCCCAAAUUGGACAGCCUCGACAAUUGAUCUCUGCAUACGAACUGGACCGCCCAACGGGGGAUGACUUCGAGUUAUCUAGGCUAGAAGAUGAUAUGGAUGUAUGAAUAGAACAUGAUUAGUUGGCCCGACACCAGUAGACGAUGUGUGAGCUUGGUCGGCGCUGGUGAGGCUAAUUCAAACGCUUGGCAAAAAGGAGAUGACGCACGUCGCGAUCGUGUGAUCAAUUCUUUGGCACAUCACCACCGCUUCACCUCGACGUCCACUACAUCUAGCAUCCUCUGCCAACGUUCACAUCCUAUUUCUGUCUUACACAUCCUAUAUCCGCAUCUUCGGCCUUCCGAGCUUCACGAGCUGACGUGGCUCGAGCCUUCACCGUCAUGGACGCCGCCUCUGCUUCGCACAUCGUCCUAGGCAUCUCCAUCGGCCUUUUGGCCUCAUGCAUUCAGUCUUUGGGUUUGACGAUUCAACGGAAGAGCCAUGUCAUGAACGAGGCGCUGGACCCGGCACAUCAGCGUGUGGAGCAUCGACGACCACUCUGGCUCGUCGGCUUUGCGAUAUUCAUCUCCUCCAACAUCGUCGGCUCGCUCGUCCAGAUCGCGUCCCUCCCAGUCGUGAUUCUUGCACCCCUUGGUGCUGUUUCCCUCUUAUGGAACGCGUUCUUCGCCCGUUUAUUAUUAGGAGAUGUUUUCUCUCUGUGGAUGAUUCUGGGCACGCUGUUUAUUGCCGGCGGUGCAAUCUUGAUUGCUGUAUUCGGUAUCGUGCCCGAGCCGACGCGCUCUCUGGAGGAUCUGCUCCGUCUGUUCAACCGACCGGCGUUUGUAGUGUACUUUUCCCUCUUGGGCGCCGCCGUUCUUGUGACGCUUGUUGUCACUCACCUUUCAGAGUUUCAUCUCGCCCGGCGUCUAGCCAACCAGAACGUUCUUCCGCUCUCCCCGGAAGGUAGCACCUCAGAUCUUCCUCUCCAAAUUCCCGAAAACCCUUCCACUUUAACAACUGGUGUCGCUGAUACCAUCGGUGAAGCCAUCACGACCGAGCGCACACCGCUGUUGGACCGCAAAUCCCGCUCGCGUUCUUCGUCGGCUAACCCACGCCAUGCGGAGAACCCAGCGUUACAUCGCACCCGCGUAAUUUUGGCGAUUUCAUACGCCUCAGUCUCGGGCAUUCUCUCCGGGAUGUGCCUCUUGUUUGCCAAGAGUGGGGUGGAACUGUUACUUUUGACGUUGGGUGGGGAUAAUCAGUUCUGGAGGUGGCAGGCGUGGAUGCUGGUGCUCGGCUUGGUCGGGUUUGCAUUGCUCCAGCUGUGGUAUCUGCAUAAGGCUCUGAUUCUCGCAGACCCAACACUCGUUUGCCCCUCUGCUUUUUGUUUCUACAAUCUGUCGUCGAUCGUCAACGGCCUGGUCUACUUCGACCAGUUUUCCUUGAUCCCUCCAGCACAUCUGGCCCUCGUCAUUUUGGGCAUCGUCAUCCUUCUCGGAGGAGUAUGGGUUGUCAGCGUCCAAUCCGGCAGCACCGGAGGAGACUCGGAUACAUGUAGUGAUUCAUCGUCAUUGGACACGAGGACCUCCGCAGAGGCCCAGUCUCCGGAUCCGUUCCUUUCGCAGAGCGUGCCUUCUGCUCGUGAUCUGGAGAGCAGGCCCUGGAGUCCGCUAUCGACCGCAUCCCAGCCCCUGCCGUCGUUGGCAUCGGUGCCGAAUAUGUCGGCGUCUGGUUCUCGUCGCCGAUCGCAUUUGCGCUCGCAGACGAUUACAUCUCCCCCGCCGCCGAAUCCCGUGACAUCCUUGAGCGGAGGGCUGCAGAUUGGGUUGUCGCCUGUGAGCCCAGGAUUCUCGAUUCGACCGCGUCGAAUGCCGAGCGGAUUCGGUCGCGGACAGGAGGACGAAGGAGAUGGCGUUCGGACGAGGGAUCACCGACGACGCACUGUCAGCGAGGGCGAUGCUGCAAGAACAAGGGACGGCAUCGAGAGGCCACUGCUUGAUUCCGAAGCAGGGAUUGAUCCUCCCCCGACCGUGGAUCAGCGCUCCAAGGGAAAGUGGAAAUGGCGCAUCUGGCGGUAAAAUAGUCACCACUCUAAGUACUCGACAUGAGACCCCAUAUAUAAUUUGUGAAUUACACAGCGUCCGCGAUCACGUGUCCGUUGUGCCUUUCCCCUCCCUCUUGGUUGAAAAGGAGAUCCGUUGUCCAUUCACCGGCACAAAUUCGAGGUUGCAAUGAAAGACGUCGUAUGCGAGAAAAUCGCGGGAACGGCGAUAUCAUCGGCCCACGAGUCCCUCUGCCUCGGAUAACCUUGUCAUCCAAUUGUCAGUCUCACGAUGCACCCGACGGCCGAAGAGCUUUCCCUAAUGCUUCAUACGGCCCUCUCACGGACUUUUGCAUCUGAGCAUCCGGGCCAGAACAAGCGGCUUGGGUACGACUAUGACUGCUUUCGGGUUGCGCUGCGUAGGGUUAAAGCCAUACCUGCCGGCUCCCCCGCACGGUGAUUUGGCGAGGACAGACUCUAGCAGCUGUCCGAUGACGUUUGAGAGUCUUCGGGUGCAAUAUGUUGUUCGUAGCCUCGGGGCUAAAUUAAUGAAAUAUCCUGCGGGUGUGUAAUUCAUCCAGUGCUGAGCAUGAUUACAAGGGCUUCCUCGCAGUGACUACGACGAUCUUCGGGAAGCAACCGACUUGCUUCUCAGCUGUUUCGAUGAAUGCAUCCCGCACUAGGCCUUCGAAUUCGUUCAUGUCCACUACAAGGUCCGGCCUGUCCUUCUGGGCUGUUGCAGCGAUGGGCAGCAUCCCGAGCAAUUCGCCAUCAGCAAAGGCUCGUCCCAGCGCUCUGUCGAUGAACGGGACGCGUUUUGUAACAUGCACGUAUCCAGACUCGGACAGGAUUGAGUCAAGGCGAUUGACCCACUGACGAGGUUCAGACCGCGAGAAUAUAUCAUAUCUCGUCAAAGACCCCGCGUACCUUGGGACAUUUCCAUUCUGAGAUCUGCCAGGUUUUGCUUGCCGCGCGGGGGAGCGCUUGGGGGAUGUAGCCUGGUAUCGCGCUCUCGAACGUCGUUUCGUCGAGCGCCAUUUCGACCCACUGGAUGUGUCCUCCUGGUUCUGUGACAAUGUCAGCGCGAUUCCGGUGGGUUUUCGGUCCAUGACAUACUGAGCAAAGUCAUCAUAUUCUUUGCGACAGCGGAGACUCUCUCGUCAUCGACGAAACACACCACCAGCGACACAUGCACGACAUCGUAUUUGCCCACCAGAUCAUUAGGAAUGGGCUCAAAAAGAUCAAGUCGCGUCACGUCUUUAAUAUUCGAGGGAAGCCAGCCAGUCGGAGGUCCUUGUCCCAAGUUCAGGUCGAAUCCUUGAAGGUUAGUCGAAGGGUCGACUUGAGAUGCCAGAUCUAUCAGCCACAUGCUGGGUCCACUGUGAGCAAAUCGCCCUGGCCAACAACAGCCAUUCACUGACCAAGUUCCGCACGGAAUAUCGGCAAUGAGUAGGUUGGCGUCUUGAUACGGGAUAUGGGGUUCCAGCAGCUGUUCACCCAGGGCUUUGCGCACCAGCGAGUGUUGGAGGUUGAGUCUGGUGCACUUCAUUCUCGAGUUCCCAUCUUUGCCGUCCGACUCACCCAACAGUGGAGGUGUAUGUAGUUCCGAGGAUGUAAUUUCCCAUGGACGUUUGAGCGACGAAGACGAUCCGGGACCAGCGUAAGAUUGGCUUGCUUUAAAGGAUUGUGUCAUGACGUUCAAUUUGCAUUAGCACGUUCCUAGAAACUGACAUCAAGAACGACCUUAGAACGUAUAAUUCUUUGAGCCGAAGAGGGCGCCACAUUGACAUCCGAGGAAGCAAAACUUGGCAGCUCGCGGAGAUUGGGUUUAAAAACCAGCGCCAGACAACUCAGCCACGCGUGAAAAAUGCCCAUCCUUUACCGCGAGCCUUACAGAGCCCAGUUCUUCGACCACGUGCCCAGCGACGGCGUUACCGUGCCCGUCCGCGAUUACGACUCCUAUGUGAUGUUUCCGGAAUACCGGUGGGCGUAUAACAAGCUGAACAUCGCCGAGAAACAGGGUCUGUUGUGCGGUCCUCAUGGCGUGCCACCUCCCCAUUAUCCCAUCUUCAGCAAGCCAAUCUACAACCUCAACACCAUGGGCGUAGGUACACGGCUGCUGAUCGACGAGGACGACUACCUGGAGAACAGGACUGCAGGCCACAUGUGGUGCGAGUAUCUCACGGGAGAUCACCUCAGCACGGACAUCGCGGUCUGCCGAGGGCGUGUCGUGUGGAUGUCUACCACCCGUGGACACGCAUUGAAAGGGGGAACGUUCGACUACUGGGACGUCAACGUGCCGGUGUCCGACUCAGACAGGGCAUAUUUGGUGCAUUUCGUCGAGAAGCACUUCGGGACUUAUAGCGGGAUGAUCAAUGCCGAAACGAUUGGGGGACAUAUCAUCGAGGCGCACCUUCGUUUCGCGGACCAGUGGACGGACCUGUACCCAGCCGGCUUCGUCAAGGCUCUCGUCUGGCUCUACUCGAACUCCUCAGAUCCGUGGCGCCCCGACAAAGAGAUGCAGGCCAACACUGUCAAAGGCUAUAGCGUGAUACUCUUCAAGCCGCACGGACGCCGCAUGUGGAGCAAGCCCUGUGAUGAGCGCGUGCAACAGAUUCUCGAGAAGUAUCAGCUCUCUAGCAUCCAACUACCCUUCGCUGCAGAUCAGCCUACACAUCGCGCUUCGAUGCCCCGGGUGGGUUCAGGGUGGCCUGUUUGAAUGGAAGAGAUCUGGAGGACUGUUUCAAGGCCAGAAAGGAAUUGGACGAGUUAUUUGAUGAGGCCAAUCCUCCAGAAGAGGUCGGCAUGGCUUGCGGAAAGUGAUCGAGUAGUGCUCCAAUACCUGUAGCGAGUACGAAGAGCGCUACUUAGAAGCAUUGAUGUCGACAAACAUGUGCCAUUAACGGCAAGAUAAGAUUUCC